AUGGCUACCAAAAUUAGGGAUCGGUUUGAGAUUCCUGACUCUAGGGCAAAUGAGAUCACUGAGAAGGUCACCUUAACUGCAAAUGGAAUGUUUCUUUACGCGAAAGUGGUACUGGACAAUCUUUAUGACCAGGCAUCGGUGGCCGAUCUCAAUGAUGAGCUGUCCAAAGACAACUUUCUGAGGCAACUGAAUGCGGCAUAUGAUCGGGUUGCAGCUCGAGUACUUGACCGAUCAGGCUCGAAAAGCAAGACAGCUCGAGCCAUACUGGAGUGGUUGGUGUGCUCCCCCAGGCCCUUGCGGUGGCGCGAGAUUCAGUCAAGCUUUUGCAUCAACCUCGAAAAACAAAACUGCGAUAUUGAUCGUCGUCGGGUAGAUAGCUGCAAGGAGUUGUGCAGAUCACUGGUUGAACUCAACCGCUGCGAGUAUCUCAAACAGGCCGCAUCGGAACACGAGGCCAUCGUCGGUCUGGUACACAACACUGCCCGCAGGUAG